GCUCCCCAGGGCAUGUUCCAAGACGAGCUGGAGUGGUGCAUUUCACAGCUGGAGACAAAUCUUUGCUUCAACACAACCCCGAAACAAGCAGAGGAGACACAGCACAUUCUCAAGGUCCUGCGCUCCCAUGAGUUUCCUUUUGUGAAGAAGCAACAAAUGAUGAGCCGUGUGUUUGGGGAUUAUCAUCUCAAGAUGGCUGAGGAUCAGAAGAGCAUAGAGAAAGCAGUCAUGAAACCUGGUGAUGUAGAAGGGCAGCAAAGCAAUGGGCAGGCUUCAGAUAGUGUGGUAGAUGGGAAACAAUCUGACCAAAUCUCUGAGGCAAAGCCAGAGUUGUUCAUGUCAUCUGACAACACCUUCCGAUUUGAUUUUGCACUUUCUGAGAUUGACCCAGAAGCAACUGGCACAGCUUUGGAAGCAGUCUCUGGUGUCAGCGGUGCUAAGCAGAUACAAACCAAUGUAAAAGCCACUGAGCAGAACUGGAAUGGAGCCUUGAGUUUUGCUGCCUCUGGACAAGAACCCAAGUUUGCUUUCAAUUUUGCCAUCCCGGAUGAAGAGCAUCCUCUGGUUCAGUUAGCUCCAGCAAGCCAACAUAUAGAGCACACUGCAGACCAUGAAGUGCUGGGAAAUUCACUGCCUACUGAAUCAGCAGGUAUGCCACAGAUUUCAGCCUUGCAGAAGCCUGAGUUGUCUCAAACUUCAGGUGGUGAACCCAAAGAGGAUAUAAGCCAUGUCAUGUUAAAGAUCCCCCAACCAGAGACUGCUCCUGGAGAUGAGACAGUGACAGAGAAAUCAAGAGCAGAUGGGGCUGCACAGAAGAAGAAAAAGAAGAAGAAACAAAAAACAUCUGUCAGUAAAAAGGAGAUAGAAGAAACUGAGAUCAACAGGAAAGCAAAGGCAGAAGAUAACAGAUGUCAAAAUAAAGAUACUUCCCACCAGGAUGAGACCUCUCAGCAGCCAGAUGACCAGCUGUGGAAAGAGGUGGACUGGUGUGUGGAACAGCUGGAGCUGGGCCUGAAGACACAGAAAUCCACUCCAAAGCAGGCUGAGGAGGCUCUUCGUGCAAUCAAAACACUGCGCAGUGACAAGGCUCCCCUGGUGAAGAAGCGUCAGCUUAUGAGAACCAUGUUUGGAGACUACAGGAAGAAGAUGGAGGAGGAGUGGUGCAAAGAGCUGAAGCUCAUGGAAGCAGCUGCAAAAUCUGCUAGGAUCGUGGAAUUGAAGAGAAACAUCCGCAACAAGAACUGCCAGUUCAUCCGGAAGCGCUCAGGAGCUUGCAGGCAAAGCCAGGGUUCAGCAGCAUCCCCUUCAGAGACACACGGGACACUUAACACAGGCUUAUUCAAAUGCACAACGUCCCAAGAAUUUUUCUUUAAUUUCUUCUAGGAAAGUCUUUUAGACUAAAACUGUGGCUAAAAACUGUGCCAAAUCUCCCAUAAACUUAGGAAUGGUGCAAAGAUGCUGUGCAGUAGACAAUGUUACACAAGAAUCUCCUAAAGAAAGGAUCGUCUUUCAGAGUGCCUUAUGUAGAGGUUUAAAACAUAUCUGCUUACUACAUGUAUGAGCCCAGGACUCAGUCUAUAUAGUACUUCAGUCUACAUAGUACUCCUGUGUCCUCACACAGUAGAAAGGCUCCUUUGCAAAAGAUCAGCACAGAGUCUAUAGAAGGAAAACCAGAUCCUUCCAGAACUGGCAUUAACCUAAGAAUCUGUCUUAUACUGGGAGAUUUUCCCAUUCUCUUUUUGCUUUUAAAUAGAGCAGACCUUUUGUAGCAGAUGAGGCAGCAAUGCACACAAAAGGGAAUGGUUUGCAGUGAAGAUCUAUCUUAUGUGAAGAUGCAGCAGUGUAAGCAUAAUGGAUAACUGAAUGCUUCCACACCAUAUGAGCCUGUGUGGAUGCAUAUUCUGGUAUUCAGAAAGCACUGGAGUGUGCGUCAUCACUGCCAUCUAGAAAGUAUGAGUUCAGGAUCUUGGAGGAAAACAAAUGAGAACGGUCCUUGUGCAUUCAUCUCUUCAAUUGACAGGUAUGAACUUAGAAGAGGACUGCAUAUGCUGAUUUAAUCUAGCCUAUGGAUGUAAGGACAGUUUCCAGACAGGGAAAGAUUCUUGUUGCUGAAGCCAAGUUCUGGCCAGCUAGGAAGGAUGUACAAUCAGUUCUUGAAAAAAGAAGUUUACUUUAUAAGCAGUCCAGUUACAACCAGCAGUGGCUUAGGGAGUAAGUCAGCUGCAUGCCAAACCCUGGGUGGCAGUGAAUGAACUCUGAGAGCCCAGAGACUCUCUUGCAUUUGAUUUGUAUUGAAUGUUUGCUUUCUGAACACUGAAUGUGUCUCCAGUGUUCAAUACUGCUUCAGCUACUGAACCCAUCUCCUGUGUUCAUGCAGAAAAUCUUCCCCACUAAGCCUAAAAAUGCUGAAGGAACAGAAGUCCUUUAAAAGGAAACAUGGUAUCAGGUGUCCGUAGGGUGCAGUGCUUUCCUUCCUUUUUAUAGUCAUCCUGUAUGAGAAGUGAGAAAUGGGAGUGUAGGCAGAUUCCAGUGUAUACUGAGAGCAGCUGAAGAGAUGGUGGAAAACAUUUGAUGGGAAAUAACUUCAAAAAAACCUGGUGUUGGCUACAAAAAAAUUUAUUUUAUUACUAACCUCUGCUGCAUCUGAAAGGAUAUUUAUUUUUAAAUAUUUUAAUGCCUGUCUAGGCAUAAGGAGAAACUAAACAUGGGUAACAAAUCUGAUGAGGAGAAAUAUGCAGAGAAGACUGUAAGUCCUGGAAAUCAGCAGAUUAAAACUAAAAAUCAGUAGGUUAGCAGAUUGUUAUUUUACUUGCCAAGGAGCACUCUUUUACUGUAUUGAACAAUGCUAUACAGUAUUUCUUGGAUUUCCAUAGUUUUAUAUGAAACAUACAAAAGCUGUGUCAUUAUCAAACUUCCAGUGUUUUCAUUCCAUUUACUAAGAUUAAAGAGCAUCUUGUACAUGACAUUGGAACUGCAGCUGUUU